AUAGCAAGUACGUAAAUAAUUUCACUUUUCACUCGUAAAGUUUAUGAACUUACAUGUCGAUGAUAAGGCUCUCGUGAACUGUUCAUUCACUCUGCUCAUCUAGCCCCUCGAUAGCAGAAAUAACAUAUUUCGGAGGAAUAUAUCAUGUGCGCGGUGGUAGUUUGUUUCAUUUUAGUGACAGGAUUUUCAAGCAAGAACAAAGUUGAAGCCAAUGCUCCACGGCACCACAUUUCACACAGUGGAAUUCGAAGUGUUGAUCGGAUCAAACCGAGCUCUUUCGGGGAUAGCAUAUUUUCAAAAUACGGCAAUAAUGGCUCGAUGGACUUGAACAGAUUUACAAGCUUACUACAUAAAUUAGAAAUAGGUACAAAUGACGACAAGUACGACGCGAUCACAGGCGAAGUGGGAAACAAGUGUUUGACAGCUUCAUCACUACUUGAUAUCUACUCCAUCAACAAGACUGCUUUAAAAGAAGAUGACUUCAAGCAGAUCUGCCCUGCUAUUGUACAGCAGAUAGAGGCAAAGACAUGUCACCGCAAAGUCACACAAAACAAGAUUAAUAACAAACAAUCAAAAGCCAGAGCAUGGGGCUUUGGAUUCCUUUCAGUAACUCUUAUCAGCUGUGCGUCACUUUUAGGAGCAUUUGUUGUACCCUUCAUGUCACAAGAUUUCUAUCAGACCCUGCUUCUCUUCAUGGUAUCCCUUGCUGUUGGUGUCUUGAGUGGAAGUGGAAUAUUUCAUCUCAUACCGGGUACAUUCAGCAUGGGCUAUGAUGGUAAAAUUGACUACCUCUACAAAUGUUGUAUGAUUGUUGGUGGUAUCUACUUAUUUUUCGUUCUGGAGUAUAUUAUGAAAAUGUACAUCAGAUUUAAAGAUCCAGAAAUAGGCCAAGACCACUCGCAUGGACAUGGCCACUCACAUGGCUUGCAAAAGCAAAACAAAGACAAUAGUGAAGUGCCUGGCGAAGGCAUAGCUGAGAUCCAGCUGGAGAUGUACAACUACAGGCAAGACCAUCACCGUGCACAUUCCAAUAGCUUCUGUGUCAAUAAUGACUUGAAUAAGAAGCCAGACAGAAGCUUAGUGAAGAAGAUUUGUGCCAAUACUGGUGAAACGCUCUCUGAGCCAAGUGAGGAUUCUGUUUUUGAUAUGGACGAUGCAGAAAGCCCUGUGGAGCAGAAAAGAAAAAAAGAAAAGAAAAUUAUUGCUCCAGUUUGCUGGAUGAUUGUGAUAGGGGAUGCGCUCCACAACUUUAUAGAUGGCCUUGCAAUAGGGGCAGGAUACAGUAGCUCCAUAUUGGAGGGAGCUAGCACAGCUCUGGCUAUUUUUUGUGAAGAGCUUCCUCAUGAACUAGGUGACUUUGCUGUCCUAUUGAAUGGAGGUAUGACAUACAAGCAAGCAAUGUUCUUUAACUUUAUCUCUGCAUGCACCUGUUUCCUGGGCCUUGUAAUGGGUCUGCUGCUUGGAUAUGCCACACCUGCUGUCAAAUGGAUUUAUGCUCUUGCUGCAGGAAUGUUCAUCUACAUCUCUCUAGUUAAUAUGCUUCAAGAAGCGACAGAGAUGUCAGUAAAAGAAGGUGAAGGUUCCAUCAAGAAGAAUCUCAAGACCUUUGCUCUCCAGAAUGUUGGCAUGAUAAUAGGAUUUGCCGUGAUGUUUAUCUUAGCUAUCUACGGCCCUGAAAUCCGCAUUUAGCGAAAUGCGCACAGGCCGGUUUGUUCAUCCACAGGAGACUCAGGGCGUUACAAGCGGAGCAGGAAGUGAAAAGAAAAAUGUAUUUUCUCCCCCGACUCCCUCAGUCCUGGAGGAUUCAGUUUGAUUUAUCUUCAUAGAGAUAUGUACUUUUUAUAAUUAAAUCUCAUGUGUACCUUUUUUAACAACGCGUAUAACGAGAACGGCAUAACAAAAGACGCAAACAGAUUUUUCAAAUAUUUUUUUAUUUGUGAUCAGACAAGCUCUGGCAACCACCGGAUAAUACAAAAAUUAUAAUACGUGUAUUCUCUGUACGUGUAAAACAGUAUUUUUAGAUAACCUUUAAAUAAAAGUGUGCCUUGGGGAAA